GGGAAGAGUGGCUCGCCGGUGUUACCUGGUGUUACGUGCCGCGGAAUCACUAGCCGGUCAGUCAGUGUACUGUCUCCUUCCUGCCCUUGAACGCUCUCGGCUGAACGGUGUUCUUUGCGCUUGCCUAUCUCCUUGUAGUGACAACUGACAGAUUGAGGAGUACAACACAGCCACCAUGUCAAGUCCGUCGUUGAAAGACCUGCCAAAAGUAGCCUUAGACUUGAAAAGCGAACUGGAGGGUUUCAAUCAUGGUUGCAUGAAGAAAGCUGCGACCGCCGAAAAGAACGUUUUACCUUCCGCCGAAGACGUGCGACAAGAGAGACGGCAUUCUGAUUUAAUCCACGAUGUGGAGUCUUUUAAGACAGAUCAGUUGAAACACGCCGACACGAAAGAGAAGAUGAUAUUACCCAACGCCAAAGAUGUAGCCGCGGAAAAAACUCAGCAAACGUUGAUCGCCGGCAUCGAGAAAUUCGACCCGACCAGUCUGAAGCACACCGAGACCCAAGAAAAAAAUCCCCUACCUGACAAAGACGCUAUCCAACAGGAGAAAGGAAAGCAACAGCUGAUCUCGGGGAUUGAAAACUUCGAUCCGGCGAAACUGAAACACGCAGAAACGCUGGAGAAAAAUGUCUUGCCAACCAAAGAAGCGAUCGAUGCUGAGAAAAUAGCUGCUUAAAACGAAGUUUUCGCAAAACGAAGAAAAGACAGAAAGGAAAAGGAGCAGCGACUCAUUUCUUCCAUUUUCUAUAUCAUGACAUUUUAUAACAAUUAUUCAUACAUUGCCGACAGGAAACAAAGGAGAAUGCGAAACACUGUGUUAAUGUAAUCUUAUGAUUAUACUUAUCCUACCGCCAUGUGAGCGUUCCUUUCGGCGAGACGCACAAGUCGAUUUUUUACACGAAACUUAUUAACAACGGAACGACGAUGAGGGUCCGGGCCCAAGCUUGAUUAAGACAUACGAUAAAAUCAUGACGAGCAAACCUAUUCGAUUUUAAACGUUAUCAACGAUCAGAUAACCAAUUGGGCUUGUAUCGACAUCCGUCUGUAUUCACUAACUCGCCAAAGGAUGUACUUUUUAUACUAAGAAAGCUCUGCACGCAGGCAAACGUUAUUUUCGAUAGCAACAAAAUUGGGUAGCAUUGCAUGCGUUACAGAUAUAUCGCAAUGGUACAGCGGUUGAUCUUAUAUUUCUGUAAAAAUCAUAUUUUAUAUAACGGGCUAUUGUACUUUUUUAAUAUUUCGUACACAUCGCAUUGUCA